AUGCAUCAAAAUACCGUUUGCAAAAUUUUUUAUGAUUUAAGAGAAAGAAUUUCUCAUAAUAUUGAGCAAGAUCCUCCAAAACCAGGAGGCCAAGGAAUUGUUUGUCAAAUUGAUGAAUCUUUAUUUUGUCAUAAACAAAAAUAUCACAGAGGCCGUGUUCCAAAUGCACUAGUUUGGGUAUUUGGUAUUGUUGAUACCGGUGUGAAACAAGCAAGAGGGUUUAUACAAAUAGUACUGAACAAGUCGGCAGAGACUUUAAUUCCUACAAUGGCCAAUGUUUUCCGCCCGGGUACAAUUAUAAUAGUGAUUAGUGGGCGGCGUAUUGGAAUAUUUAUGAACGAAUAG